AUGGGCUUGGAGGAGGUUGAGGAUCAGGUUAGUAGUAGGUGGAAUAGGCAUCGUAUGAAGCAAACACCUAGCCUCAAGAGGGUUUCCUUCGUGACGCCUAUUUCCCAAUUCAUGGGGGAACAGGAACCUACUAUUGCUGAUGAUGGGCAUCUCAUCCUGCCAGGUACUCCCCCGCUCUUUAAUGAAAGUAUAUACAUUUGUGAUCCCAUAUUGUUUGAAUCCCGCCUCAGCACAUUUGUGGAAGCUACCCAACAUCCUACCCCAUCCCUUGCUGCAAACUCACGGUUAAUGGAGAUGUCAAUGAUACCAUCUGAUAAAGAUUGGGCCCCAGAAACAGAAGCACCGACAAAAAUCCUACAUGGCGGAACGACGACUCUAGUGGAUGCAGCUGAAGUGAUGCAUCCACCAUGUUUUGCAGUGGAACCAGUGCACAUUUUAAAGGAGGCUACAGAUGUUGUUGGUGGUAUGGCGUCAACGCUUGGUGCUAGUUUGGGAAGCGUACCUCCAGAGAUGGGCAAACAGAUUGUAACUGCUGAUCUGAGCCACACAGAUCUACAUGGUAAUGGUGUGGAAGCUGUCAAUGAUCAUAAUACAAGCUCUUCUAGACUGCAGGAGCCGGUUUUCCCUCAAGUUCCUUCCAAUAUUGUUGAGAAUGAGGUUGAUUCCACUUUGCCAUAA